AUGGACAUCAAGAUCGAGGCUGAAAAAUAUUUGUUAUGGAAGGUUGGAAAGGGAAACAUAUCAUUUUGGUGGGAUAAUUGGACUGGAAAAGGUCCUCUAGCUAAAUUAAAUCCUUCUACUAUGGUUAAUAGAAGGACUAAAGUUUCUGAUUUCAUUGAAGCAGGGACAUGGAAUAUAGCCAAACCUUCUCCGACUCUGUUGCUACAGUUGGUCAACUCGAUUGCAAAUAUUCAGAUUCAGGAUGGGAAAGAAGACUCUUUUAUUUGGACCUUAAAUCCUAGUGGAGAUUUUACUUGUAGAUCAGCUUGGGAAAAGAUGAGGAAGCAGGGAGGAAGAUCUUUAACUUCUAACAUGAUAUGGCAAAAGAAAAUACCUUUCAAAGUAUCCUUCCUCAUGAAGAGGGUUCUCGAAGGCAGACUACCUACUGAUGAUAGGAUACAGAGAAUUGGAAUCAUCAUCACAUCUAAGAAGUUUAGGUGGGGUGGGGUGAUUAGAAACGAUGCUGGUGAUAUGGUAGGUGCCUUCUCUGAGUUCUAUGGUAAUUGUAGCAAUAACAUGGCUGAAGCAAAGGCAAUGUUGAAGGGCAUUAUUCUGCGCAAGGACAAGUUCAGCGGACACAUCACUGUGGAAACAGACUCCCAGCUUCUUGUCAAUAUUAUUAACAACAAUGCCAGACCCCCAUGGGAAAUUAAAGGCAUUAUGGAAAAAAUUGUUGACUGUGCCGGCAAAGAAAUUGUACAGCAACUCAUAUUUUCAGAGAAGGGAAUAGUGCGGCUGACCUAUUAG